AUGCAAGCACCAAUUCACCAAGCUGGUUACAAGGCUACCCCUCAGCAACAGCAGGGCCACUGUGCAAGCCAACAGAGCGGUUACCAGCAGGUGAUUGCAGGCGCUUCUUUCCCUGUGCCUGCUUCUCUGCACCCGCUCCUUCCUGGCUCUUCUCCUUCCGGCUCUGUAUCCUCCUCUGGUGCCUCUCAGCCCCAUACAAUGCAGCAUCCAUCGAUCCUUCCAACAUUCACUGCUGCUGCUCAUGCUGCUGCGGGCGUUGCACCCUCUGCCAUUCUGGGGGUGCCUUCUGCUCACAGAGUUGAGUCUAGAGGGAUUAGCAGCUCUGGAGCUGGAUAUUUGAGGGGAUCCAUGGUAGCACCCAUGGAUGCGGUUUCAGCACCCUCAUACUCGGUUGCCCCAGCCCCGACAGCAGCCCAGCAGGGGAAACGGCACAAGGGGCAGCACACAGUAACAUUUGGGUACCAGGACCAGGGACACAACCAACAGCAGCAGCAGCAGCAGCAGCAGCAGCAGCAGCAGCAGCAGCAGCAGCAGCAGCAGCAGCAGCAGCAGCAGCAGCAGCAGCAGCAGCAGCAGCAGCAGCAGCAGCAGCAGCAUGACCAAUACCACCAGCAUCAGAUGCCUCAGCAGCACAUGCCUCAGCAGCAAGUACUCUGUCCUGCCAUCCCUCUACCACCUCAGGCUCCAAGUCAAGGCGUCAACCAGUAUGGAACACCCUCUCAUGCCUCCCAUGCCCAGUCGUUGCAUGGGGCAUUGGAGUCCAUUUUUGAGGCGUCUCAAAAGCAGCAAGUACUCUGUCCUGCCAUCCCUCUACCACCUCAGGCUCCAAGUCAAGGCGUCAACCAGUAUGGAACACCCCCUCAUGACUCCCACACCCAGUCGUUGCAUGGGGCGUUGGAGUAUAUUUUUGAGGCGUCUCAAAAGCAGCAAGGGAUCUGUCAUGCCCUUCCUCUACCACUUCAGGAUCCAAUUCAAGGCAUCAACCAGUAUGAAACGCCCUCUCGUGCCUCCCACGCCCAGCCGUUGCAAGGGGCGUCGGUGGGACGCGGCGAGGAAGGGAGGAUAGACGCGAGAGAUCCGAGUGACUCUCUGCUGCAUACCAGUGUGUGGGGGAGUGGUGAACCAGAUGUUGCUGGAGGAGGGAUGAAAGGAGAGAGAAAAGGAGGAGGGGAUGGGGGGGUCGGUGGCUUGGAGGAGAUGAUUCGCCCCACCAGCGGGUAUGGAGGAGCACCGGGCUCUGGGAUGGAAGGAGAGGGAAGAGGAAGGGGAGACGGCGGGGUCGGUUGCUUGGAGGAGAUUAUUUGUCUCACCAGCGGGUAUGGAGGAGCACAGGGCUCUGGGAUAGAGCACAGAGAAAUGAACAUCCCAGGAGGGGUGGGGGCAGCAGGGGUAGCAGCAGCUGGUUCAGGGAUGGACGCAGCUGCUGUGAGAGUUGAAACAACUGGUGCAGAAUCAACUGGUGCGGGUGUCAUGGCAGUAGGGGAUGGAGUUGCAGCAGCAUGGGUAGCUGCAGCAGCGAGAGGAGGGGAAGGGGACCUGCUGGCAUCGGUAGAUGGGUUGCAUGAGCUAACAGAGUUGGAGGCACUUUUACUGAAUGGGGAGGGAGAACUAAGCUUUCUCAGCAGCAUGUUCAGCUGGAUCAGCCAGCAUCCCAGUAGCAACAUGAUCGGCACCAUCCAGCCCGUUGGCACCUUCUAUGCCACUGGAACUGGCAUGGUCAUCAGUCAACUGCCUGAGGGGCUGGCACCUUCCAUACCGCCGAGAUCUACCCUGUUUCCGCCAGUGCAUACUGGGAAUGAAGACUCAUUUGCAUCAGAGGAGGGGGUUGCUGCGGUCAUGGCUGCUUAUCCCACUGCCAAUAACACUGGUGGCAGUGACGGCAUGUGGUCGAAGGGCCAGGGCGCUCUGAUACUGCCGGGGUCAUAUUUCCCAGGUCCAGGAAGUGGGGCAGUGGGUCAGACACGGGCAGAUGGAGCAGCAGAAGAAGGAGACAAAUCCGUUGCAGCAGCAGCAGCAGCAGCAGCAGCAGCAGCAGCAGCAGCAGCAGCAGGAGACGGUGCAGAGGCAGCCACUGCAGGCAGGUUUGCCAAUGUAGUGGGAGAAUCACAACUGGGGAAUCGCAGCAGCGAGGGCACUGGAAGGAUUGUUUCCCCCAAAAGGAGGCGUGAAGAGGACUGCUGA